AUGCUCAUCACAGCCGAGCAGACGCGAUUGGGGCAGCAGCAGCCAACCGUCGACUCUCCUGCAGUCACCGCCACCACUGCAAUAGCAGCUCAACGUGGCGAAUGGCCUUUGACUCCAUUGCCGCUGUCGCCCGUAAUUGUGCCUUCAUCUUCUUCAUCUUCUUUUUCUUCUUCUUCUUCGCCUAUUGAGACAGCAGCUGUACCCACUUUCCCGUCCAAACGACUCAAUUGGACGCGUCGGCUGGUGAUCACCAAGCAGCCGCUGUCGGAGUUUUACAAGGACGAAGGCGGCAAAGCCAAUGCCCUCGAGGUCGAAGUGACGCUCGUGGAAUUUGACGAACACGGCGAGCCCGCGCGGUCCAGCGACAAGGAGUUUAUUGACAUUCCGCUGCGGAUUUUGCUGUUUUUCGAGUCGGGGAAGCGCGUGGACGACACGGACCAGGAGAUCUUUCGAUUUGUCGGCAACGACUACGACUCGGUCGUUAUUCGAGCUGCUACGCGCACGGCAGUGGUGCAAUUUCGUCUCGAGAAGGUGAGCAGACGGAAAGAUGGCCAACGGUUUAAGCUGCGGAUCGAAGUGGACCAAGAACAGUGCACUGCGAACGUGGCGGACCUCACGCCAGUGUUUACGAAUGCAAUCUGCGUGCUGUCCAAGCGGAAACAUCCGAGUCCGUACAGCUCGGACUCGUCGAUUCGCGUGAAAGAGCCUCCUCCCAAGCUGCUCAAACGAGACUUGGCGAUGUUGGAAGAUCGAAUGAGCAGGAAGAUCGAUGGACUCGCAGCACAAGUCCAUCAUCUGACUCAAUUAGUACAGAAGCAGAAUGAGCUACUUGUCAAGCACCACACGCCUGCCAUUCCACCGGGACCGGGACUGCAAUCGGCUCCGACUGAUAGCUCCAUUCUUGAAUGGCUGCUUCGAUCGAAUCCUGUGGAUGACGGCACUUGGUCCAAGCCAGCUCUGGAGCCGCAUUUACUUUCGAACACCGUCAUGCCUUAUUUCGAGCUCAGCGACGAGCCAUAUCACGGCAUAGACGCAGACCUCACAUCCGCACUCGUUGGGCUACCAACCACGACUGCAACAACACCAACAACCACAUCAGAUACGCACACGAGCGAGACAUCGAUGCCGUCGCUACCAUUUGGCGGCAUUUGA